AUGUCAGAUUCCAACACAACCGACUUCACCAACCCCUCCACCUUCAUCCUGCUGGGCAUUCCUGGCCUGGAGGCUGCCCAUGUCUGGAUCUCCAUCCUCUUCUGCACCAUGUAUGUCAUAGCCGUCUUGGGGAACUUCACCAUCCUGUUCAUUGUGAAGGGGGAGCCGAGCCUCCAUGUCCCCAUGUACUAUUUCCUCUGCAUGCUGGCCAUCACUGAUCUGAUCCUGUCUACGUCCAUCCUGCCCAAAAUGCUGAGCAUCUACUGGUUCAAUGCCAGGGAGAUCAAUUUUAGUGCCUGCCUCACCCAGAUGUACUUCAUUCACUGUGUCGCAGUGAUAGAGUCUGGGAUCUUUGCGGCCAUGGCUUUUGAUCGUUAUGUGGCCAUCUGUGAUCCCCUGAGACAUUCCACCAUCCUGACAAACCCUGUGGUGGUCAAGAUCAGCUUGGCCGUGGUGCUGCGUGGUGGCAUGGUAGCACUGCCUCAUCCCUUCCUGGCGAGGCGGUGGCCAUAUUGCAGAACCAACAUCAUCUCCCACUCGUACUGUGAGCACAUGGCUGUGGUGAAACUGGCCUGUGCAGACAUCCGUGUCAGUAGUUACUACAGCCUCUCUAUGGCAUUGUUGGUAACUGGUAUGGAUGUGUCUUUUAUCGCUGUGUCCUAUACCCAGAUCCUCAGGGCCAUCUUCAGCCUCCCCACAAAGGACGCCCGGCUCAAAACUUUUGGUACCUGCAGCUCCCACCUCUGUUCCAUCUUAGCCUUUUACAUCCCAGCUCUCUUCUCCUUCCUCACACACCGGUUUGGUCAGAAUGUGCCCCUGUACUUCCACAUUCUCAUGGCCAACGUGUACCUCCUGGUGCCCCCCAUGCUGAACCCCAUCAUCUACGGGGUGAGGACCAGACAGAUCCGGGACAGGCUGCUCCAGCUCUUUACUCAU